AUGGCGUCUUUUAGCAAACCCCUACCGCUUCUAGACCUCGAGCCGAUUAUUCGUCUCCUGCUCAUUCUCAAUAACUCGGUAGCACUUGGCCUCAGCUUUGCUGUGAUGUCUCCGAUCUUCAUCGUCUUAGGUGCAGUGUUUGGAAUAUCCAUCCUCUACAAUCUGGGGGUCAUUCUGCUCAGACUCCGGCAAAAACGUCCGACAUGGAAUGACAACAACGAUGGCCGCGAGGAUAUCCGAUGUCCAUCUGUCUUCCAACUCACAAUCGAUGCGCUUGGUGUCCUUACGUUCCUGGUCCUCUAUGUCUGCAGCACCAUUGAAACCGCCACUAGAGGAAGCUGGCAAUGGAACCCGACGAUGAUGAUGUCGUACUCAACUAUUGGGGCCUUGGUUGCUUUGUAA